CGACGGGGGCCGCGGUCGGUGCGCGACCCGGGCUGGCGGUGGUUUCCGGUUCCGCGGGGCUGGCGGGCGGGCGGGCGGCCGGGAGCGGCGGCGGCGGCGCCUGACAGACAAUGAGGGCGGCGGGGCGGCGCUGAGCGGCGGCGGCGGCGGCGAGCGACGCGGGGCCCGGGGGCGGGGCGGGGCGCCAGCCAUGGACAAUCAGUGCACUGUCCAAGUCAAGUUAGAGCUGGGACAUCGCGCCCAACUGCGCAAGAAGCCCACCACCGAGGGCUUCACGCACGACUGGAUGGUGUUUGUCCGUGGCCCCGAGCAGUGUGAGAUCCAGCACUUCGUGGAGAAGGUGGUCUUCCGGCUGCACGACAGCUUCCCCAAGCCCAAGCGUGUGUGCAAGGAGCCCCCCUACAAGGUGGAGGAGUCGGGCUAUGCUGGCUUCAUCAUGCCCAUCGAGGUGUACUUCAAGAACAAGGAGGAGCCGAGGAAGGUUUGCUUCACCUAUGAUCUGUUCCUGAACCUGGAGGGCAACCCGCCCGUCAACCACCUGCGCUGUGAGAAGCUCACCUUCAACAACCCCACCGUGGAGUUCCGGUACAAGCUCCUGAUGGCUGGCGGGGUGAUGGUAAUGCCCGAAGGAGCAGAAACGGUGUCCAGGCCCAGUCCCGACUACCCCAUGUUACCCACAAUUCCACUCUCUGCCUUCUCUGACCCCAAGAAGACCAAACCGUCCCACGGCUCCAAGGACGCCAGCAGGGAGAGCAGCAAGACCUGCAAAGCCCACAAGACGACCAAGGAACACCGGGAGCGGCCGCGCAAGGACUCGGAGAGCAGGGCCGCCUCCAAGGAGCCGGAGCGUGAGCAGGCCAGGAGCACCAAGGACGCCGCACGGAAGCUGGGCGAGGGCCGGCCACCCAAGGAGGAAAAGGCCCCGCCGCCCAAGGCCGCAUUCAAGGAGCCUAAGAUGGCCCUGAAGGAGACCAAACUGGAGAGCAUGUCCCCCAAGGGCGGGCCCCCGCCGCCGCCCCCGCCCAAGUCUUCCAGCAAGCGGCCGGCUGCCACCGACUCACCCAAGCCCAGCGCCAAAAAGCAGAAGAAGAGCAGCUCCAAGGGGUCCAGGAGCGCCCCCAGCACCUCACCCCGCACCUCGUCUUCCUCCUUCUCAGACAAAAAGCCGGCCAAGGACAAGGGCAGCACCAAAGGGGAGAAGGUCAAGGCCGAGAACGAGCCCAGAGAGAUCAAAAAGCCCCCGGAGGUAGAGGAGUCCAACUCGGAGGACGAGGCCUCCUUCAAGACCGAGAUGACUGUUGUCCUCUCUCCCUGCGUGUCCGCCCCGCCCCGCCGUGGGGUGAAGUCCGCCCAGUCGAGCCCAUCCAACUCCAGCUCCAGCUCCGACUCCAGCUCAGAUUCGGACUUUGAGCCAUCUCAGAACCACAGUCAAGGCCCCCUGCGCUCCAUGGUGGAGGACCUGCAGUCCGAGGAGUCUGAUGAGGACGACUCUUCAUCAGGAGAGGAGGCCGCUGGCAAGACGAACGCAGGGAGGGACUCCAGGUUGAGCUUCAGUGACAGUGAGAGCGACAACAGUGCCGACUCCUGCCUGCCCAGCCGGGAGCCGCCCCCGCCCAAGAAGCCACCCCCGCCCAACAGCAAGGCAUCAGGCCGCCGGAGCCCAGAGCCGUGCAGCAAGCCCGAGAAGAUCCUCAAGAGGGGCGCCUACGACAAGGCCUACACGGACGAGCUGGUGGAGCUACACCGGAGGCUGAUGGCCCUGCGGGAGCGCAACGUGCUGCAGCAGAUCGUGAACCUGAUCGAGGAGACCGGCCACUUCAACGUCACCAACACCACCUUCGACUUCGAUCUCUUCUCCCUGGACGAGAGCACCGUGCGCAAGCUGCAGAGCUACCUGGAGGCGGUGGCCACAUGACCCUGGGCCGGGUGCCGGGCUGCGUCCCCGGGGUCCUGGGAGGCCGCAUCUGGGCCCCACCUUCCCUCCUCUCUCGACUCGCCCGCCCGCAGCACUGCCUUAGUGACCGCCCUGUCCUUGGCCCGCACGGCCAGCUGCACUUUCCUCCUUGGGAGCCCGGGGGCCGAGGGGGGCCAGGCCGGCGCUGCUGCUCCCCGACACCCCGGGGCUGUCACCUGGGCCCCCCUUGGAAGGCGGCUCAUGUCGGAGGCAGCGCCAGGCCUCACUCCCGGAGGGGAAGAGACGUGCCCUGCGGUGGGGGCCUCGCUCCACGGUGGGGCGUGUGGCACACCUUCACUGCCCGGGCCCCUCUGAGCGGCUGGGGCACUGCCUCUGGCCUCCCAAACGGUUCAGAACACACCCACCGCACCCCAGGACCUCAGAGGCUCCCACGCACCAGGGCGGGCCCCGCUCGUCCUCCGCGUCAGGCAGACGCGGCCCCCACGUCGGCCUCACUGUGCUGGGACUCCGUGCUGUACAGUUGUCUCUCUGUUAUAUAUAUAUGUCUGCACUGUAGGUACCAGAGCGGCUUCUGGGGUGCGUUUCCGUGGCAGCAGUGCACGUGGGGGGUGGGGGGGUGUAAGGCGGGACUUGUAGGUUAAGAUGUCUCCACUGGUCUUGUUGUCGGGCUGAAGGCCGAGCCGGUGCGCCAGAUGGCCCUCUCCAGGUGCAGGGAGGAAGCCUCCCCGGUGGUUCCAAGGACGCCUCCUCCUCCCGGGGCCGGUGAACACUACGCGCCACCAUCUGCAGGAGCAGCCCUCCUGGGCCCCGGCCGGCCACGGGCUGUGACUGUGUUGGCGUCCCGGGGCUCUUCCUCUUCCUCCUUCCACAGGAUCCUCUUCCUUCUGUUGACCGAGUCUUCGAACUUUGAAAAAAACGAGCUUUUGCCAAAUAAGACGGGAUAGUUUGUGGAGUUUUUUGAGGAGUGUCAGGACUCAGCGCCAGCCCCUCAUGCCUGGGCCCUGGCCGGCGGCAGGCCCUCCCACCCCUGUGAUUCACGCCAGUCCUGGGCUGGAGACCCAACUCCUCGCACGCCUGAAACUCUCCAAGGGCCGAGCCAGCUCCUCCUCCCUCCCAGCCAGAUCGCCGUUGUGGAGUCAGCCCAUCUCGUGGGGGGCUCCUGAGGCUGGGGACCUCGACUCAAGGCUCCUCUGGUCCCUACCGGCUCCGGGAGAGGAGGUCGGGGCUGAAGCCGGGCUCACCUUCUCUCCCACCCGCUGUCGGACAGCCCCUCCUCCCCCCAGUUUGUGAGUUCCCACGUGGGGUGCGGCACGCUCCCCUCCCUGUGGUCCCUGACCAUGGUCACUGCUCCAGUUCCAUCUGUCAGGCAGACCCCGAACACUCCCUCGGGAGUCCCGCCUCCGAGGCUUCCCCGAGUGCCAGCCUUCCUGCUGAGAUCCCAGGACCCGGGGAAGGCCCGAAAACCUUCAGAGGAAACCGCCAUGACUCCUCGCCGACUGCUCUGAUUCUCUCCCAGCCCCACUGCCUUGAGGUAUUAGGAAGAGGGCAGGCCUGUGUGGCGGGCUCCGUGCCGCCACCGUCCCCUUCCCCAGGCAGGCCAACGAUACUCCAAAGUGGGGCACUUCUCUUGUCUGGAAACUCUAAGACAUUGGACGAAAGGACUGGCUGAGCGCAGCAGCUGCCUGGCCCUCUGUGCACAGAGGCCGCUGGGGCUCAGGGCUUGUGGGCAGGAGCCUCAGUCCAAGGGCACUAGUCUUUCUCCUUCCGGAGGAUCUCCUGGGAGGGGCUGUGGGUCCUCCCGGCUGGUGGCUCGGGCAGCCCUCUGCUCAGGAGCCAGGCUCUGCCCCGGAGGCAGCUAGAGGAAGGCGGGCUCUCUCGCGGGCCUGCCCUUUGCAGCAGCAGCAUCUGGCCCUGCGUGCUGUUUCCAGGGCCUUCAGAAGCACCAACCCAUUUCUGUUACCUCCUCUGGCCAGAAGCCCUCAGCACUGUCCUCCGGAGCUGCUCUGGGCCCAGUGCUGGCCCCGCGACCACCUGAUGGACAUGCCAGGCAGCCAGGGCCUUGACCACGGCAUUCCCCGCUGCUCCCCCACGCCACCCCCAGCUGCCCGGCAGCUGGGCCCACCAGGGCUCUGGGGACGCUUCCAUAGGAAGGGGCCAGCACUUCGUGAUUGCCGUGUGUUUAGUGUUAAGCCCCCUGCCCCCAGUGCAAAUCCCUGUGUUUUGCUAUCUCCUGAACAAAGUGUAAACCGACACCUGAAAGCAAAAGGUAUCGAAUACCUUUCUUACCCACAAGGGUUUUUACAAAGAACGUGUCUCGCUAGGAACUAGGACACUCAUCGGCCCGAGACCAACUCCUGGGUGAAAGGAAUAAAGGAGAAUUGUGUUUGUAAUAAGUUACAGGAUCGUUUCUGUCCUGGAUUUUAAACUUUUUGUUAAAUUGUGAAAUUAUGGAGGAGUUUUAUAGAAAAAAAAAGUGAAAUAAAGUCAGAUGGGA